CACUGUCUGCUCUUCCAACAUACAUGUAGGCAAAAUACUCAUACACAUAUAAUAAAAUAACCCUUGAAAAAUUAACAAAGCACCUUUAUAUUUUAUCCCAUUUGGACUCUUAUGAUAAAUUUUGUGAGAUCAACAAAGUGAAGAUUAAUUAGUGCCAUUUUACAAAUAAGGAACCAGACUGAGAGCUCAUGCCUAACAAGAUCUAGACCAUAAAUAUUUGUAAUACAUCCCCAUUUCUUCCACCCAAGCGUACCAAUAUAGCCCCAAAUAAUCAUAAACAAUCAACAAAUAAACACGUUAGUAUUCCAGUAUUUUUAUUUAGACAAAAAGUGCAGACUCCUAGUUUGAGUAACUCACGCAUAGGCACACACUUGACUCUUAGACCCUGACUAGGACCUGGAACUCCUUCCUACCGUAUUAUACUGCUGGCCAUAUAACUAAUUUUGCACUUAUUAUAUGCUUCCCGGUCUAAAUUGGUGUCUACAUACUGUCUUUCAGUAGUUCAAGAGACACUGGGAUGGUAUCAGCAGGGCCUGGCAGAAGACAGGCAUUCAGUGCAGCUGGUUGAUGAGCAUGCUGGUCCCAAUCCAGCUGCGGUUUGGUACCGUGGAUCUGGCUCACCACGAGGUCAACUUAAAGUCUUAGGUGAGUACCUUUUGACUGAUGAUGUUCUGGAGAGACAGCUCAGCAGUGAAGAACAUUUACUGUUCUUGUGGAGGCCCUGGAUCCAGUUCCUAAUAUCCACAUGGCUGCUCACAACCACCUUUAACUCCAAUUCCAACACGGCUCCUACACUUCUCGGGCUCCUGCACGCACGUGGUGCGCACGCAGAGAAUAAAAACACGUCUUUUAAGGAGAUAUCACAUGAGGUGUAAAUAAACAUACACGGGUACGUGGGUAUACCAUUUACGUAAACCGUGAGAAAGUGUGGAAGAAAUAAAAGAGAGACAUUUCUACCAGGUCUAACUAGGCAACAAAUGGCAAGGCUGGCAUUUAAAACAAAACAAAACGGUUUGAUUUUAAAUUCUGCAGGCGUUUCCCAUUUCUUUCUUUAGUGACUCUACUUUAUUUAAUGAAACGGCUUAGGCAGGUAACGCAAUGGGAAACUCACAGUAUGUAAUUUCUUUUCUUAACUUUUGGGCAGAUGAAGGGUGUGGAGCUGUUUUUCUCCCGGCGAGCAGAUCUGUCCUUUUUUUAAAUGAAAAAAUAUUCUCAGGACGCUUCCCAUUUCCCAUCCAGAAAACCGCAGCUGCUCAGAUCUAGGAAAGGCUUAACAGGAUUAGAGCCACGGAUCGGGCUGACCUCGCUGACCCACGGACCGCGACUCCACAGGAAGGCGAGGACGCUGUUUCUUUGACGGUCGGGCGUAGCGAACCUCCACAAGGACAGGCAGUCCGCGAGGCUCCGCGGCGUCUGCGCUGCAGCGCAGCUUCCUCCCGCCACGGGAUUUCGUGCUUCCGCUUCCGGUGCGGAGGUCCCGGAGUCCGAGUGCUGAGACCACCAGGUCGUGGAGAAUGAAGAUCUGACGACGAGGCCAUGGCUAACCAUCUGAAGUUCAUUGCCAGGACUGUGAUGGUUCAGGAGGGGAAUGUGGAAGGUGCAUACAGGACCCUGAGCAGGAUCCUCAGCAGCGAUGGGCUCACUGAAGCCAUAAAGCGCCGACGCUUUUAUGAGAAACCCUGUCGCCGCCGCCAGCGGGAGAGCUAUGAAUCAUGUCGAAGAAUCUACAACAUGGAAAUGGCUCGAAAGAUCAACUUCGUGAUGCGAAAGAACCGCGCAGAUCCAUGGCUUGGCUGCUAAUGCCUGUGGUCACAUUAAUCCUAUGUUCAGCUCUUUUCUUUAUCCAAUCCCAAAUUCUGUUAUAUUUUUCACAAUAAACUCAAUCACAGGUGAACAAGG